CCUGAAUUUGAGGAAUUUAGCUUGCUGACGAAUCAGUCAAUUGAUCCCAUUCCUAAAAGCAAUCUUGAAUUGAUGAAUAUGUCUCCUUUAUCAGGAUGUGGAUCAGCUGUGACGACUGGAGCCACUAUUCGCCCUUUUGAAAAGGCAGGGAUAGAUAAAAUUUCCAUUAUAGCUCAAAAUUCUACUCUAAAAGACAUUUGUAAAGUGCCUCAAAUACGUCCUGUAAAAUGGGAUCUUACAACAAAGUUUAAAUCCACUCAAGCUAGUCAAAACGGAGUUCAUAUCAACAUGCAAAAGCAAAAAGAUUCUCGAAGGCAGAAUGGGAAAAGAAUCAACAGUGAUCAUAGAAGGAAGGAUAUGGAGGUACUUAGUACUGACCCUGAAAAACUGUAA